ACGAAGAAUCUAUCCUCCCUCGGAUAUCGUCUCUAUAUAAAAACCAGAAACGCCCAUCAAUCCAUCGUCAACAUCGUCAUCUUGUUCUUGUUGUUUUAGGGUAAUCACCGUAAUUGGGUUGUGAGAAGAAAAGGGAAAGAAAUGCCUGUGAAAGUAUUGGACGCGACCGUCUCCAGCUUCGACAGCGUCUUUGAGAAAUUCAAAGAAGAAUCACCAAACAAUAAGGCCAAUUUCAUUCUCUUCCUGGCUGACAACGACCCUUCCACUUCUCUCAGCUGGUGUCCUGAUUGUGUGAGAGCUGAACCUGUAAUCUACAAAAAACUGGAAGCUGCACCGGGUGAUGUCGCACUUCUGAGAGCAUAUGUUGGAGAUAGACCAACAUGGAGGACUCCUCAACAUCCAUGGCGAGUGGACUCAAGGUUUAAGAUUACUGGAGUUCCAACGCUCGUCCGCUGGGAGAAUGAUGCGGUCAAGGGUCGCCUCGAAGAUUAUGAAGCGCAUGUUGAGAAGAAGAUUGACACCCUUGUGUCUGGAAAUUAAGUACUUUUAGCAUUCCAAUCAAAAGAUGUUUGAAUUGCCAUGUGUUAAUGUGGCUUGUUAAGACUUCAUGUCAAAGUUUAGCACCAAUGGUAACUGGGAAAUAUAAAGGCUUCAUGCUAGGAGCAUGUAACUCACAAAUUAAUGUGUUGCAAUUCGCAGUAGCCAAUUGUUCUGGUAUCUCCUGCCAAUUUACACCAUAAACUACGAAUAUAUGAAGAUAUAGAAUGCCUAUCCUUUUUUAUAGGACAUUACUGCUGA